CGACAUGUCCAUGAUGGGCAACGAUCCGAUGCACUGGUCGGAAAUUGUCCUGAUAAUUUGCUUUUGUUUAUUCAUUAUUAUAACUGUGAUUGGUAAUACUUUAGUGAUUUUGUCUGUGAUUACAACUCGUCGAUUACGCACGGUGACAAAUUGUUUUGUCAUGAGUUUGGCCGUAGCGGAUUGGUUGGUGGGGCUAUUCGUUAUGCCACCCGCAGUGUUGCUGUAUGUAACAGGAACUUGGGGCUUGGGAUGGAUUUUGUGUGACAUUUGGAUCUCAUUGGAUGUACUUUUAUGCACAGCUUCUAUUUUGUCAUUAUGUGCCAUUAGUAUCGAUAGAUAUCUAGCAGUAACGCAACCACUUAACUAUUCAAGACGUCGACGAUCAAAGAGAUUAGCUUUAACCAUGAUACUAGUCGUUUGGGUGCUCGCGCUCGCCAUUACUUGUCCACCGUUAAUUGGAUGGUACGAGCCAGGAAGACGUGAACGUGAUUACGAGUGUCGCUAUAAUGAAAAUAAGGGCUACGUCGUUUUUUCUGCAAUGGGCUCCUUUUUCAUACCGAUGACUGUGAUGAUUUAUGUGUACAUUAGGAUAUCUUGUGUCAUUGCACGGCGACACGAUCAAAUGGCGGAAAUUGAAGUGCAUAAGAAAUCUCGUGUUCCGGAGAAUUUCGCGGAACAAGAGCUAGGCGACAGCUCCGAAAAUGACCAUUGUCCGAUCAGUCCGAUGCACAAAAAGUCGCACAAUGACCCGACACUUCCGAAUCUCAACAACAUUUGCGAUGCCAUCGACCUAGAAACAAACGGCAAGCAUCAAUUGCAGCAACAAAACAGAAACGGACAUUACGAAUUAAUGGAUAUGGGCAGUACGCCGACAUCCAAACGCAGUUCCACACUUACCUACAAAAUAUCUGGCUCGUCGGAAAACUGGCCGCCGAUGCAUCAGCAACAGCAACAGCUGCAACAACCGCCGCCGCAAUCACAUCAUCAUCGGCAGCAAAGUGUCCGAAGUACGGAUCUCACGUCGAAGAACAUUCGGGUACACCAAAAAUCCAUCUCGACCCGAAUCACUUCGAUGAAACGAGAAAACAAGACGACACAAACACUCAGCAUCGUGGUCGGUGGUUUUAUUGCGUGCUGGUUGCCAUUCUUCAUUGUCUAUCUCGUGACGCCGUUCAUCGGCCACAACCAAAUAAGUGAAAAUGUUAAAACUUGCCUCACGUGGCUUGGAUGGGUCAAUUCCGCCAUGAAUCCUUUUAUUUACGCUUUCUACAGUGUAGACUUCCGUGCAGCUUUUUGGCGUCUAACUUUACGAAAAUUCUUCAAAAAUACCCGAAAGCCACCAUACAUCACGAACAACAUGUCGAUUCGCAGAUAAAAUUAAAAUGCUGUUAAUUAUGGAAAUUUUGUAGUGAAUUCGUAAUCAAAUAAUAAUAUGUCACAAUUUAAUUAGCUCAC